AUGACUGAGGUAGUUGAUGACGCAGUAGUGAAAGUACCAUGCUGCAUUUGCGGUGUCCCAACAGAACCAAAUCCAUUCAACAUGUGCAUUGAUUGCUUAAAGCAGAAGGUCGAUUUUACAGACACAGUUCCAAAUACUUCUGCUGUUGUUUACUGCAAGAACUGUGGCCGUUAUCAGACUGGCCCAACAACAUGGCAGCAUGCCGAACUUGAAUCACCAGAACUCUUAUCCAUUUGCUUAUCCAAAGUCAAUGGCCUCAAAGACAUGAAAAUCGUUGAUUCUCAAUUCUUAUAUACAGAACCACACUCUCGCCGUAUCCGUGUAUCUCUUACUCUUCAAAAAGAAGCAUUAAAUGGAACAGUCCUUCGCCAAACAGUCAUUGUCACAUUUGUCGUCAACAUUGUCCAAUGCCCUAAGUGUGUUGAAGCAGCUACACCACGUGAGCACUGGAUUGCUAACGUUCAGCUCCGUCAAAACGUUAGACACAAAAGAUCUCUCUUCAGACUUGAGCAGCUUAUCCUCAAGCACAGAGCCCAUGCAGGCACUACAUCACUUGAACGCGUUGAUGACGGCGUUGACUUCCAUUUCCCAGACAAAGCCGGUGCAAAUCGUUUUAUCAACUUCUUACUUCAGCAUUCUCCAGCCAAGUACGAUGAAACAGCCAAGCAAGUUGGUGAAGAUAUCCAAAACGGUACUCUCGAUAUGAGAUUCUCAUAUCCAGUCAAAGUUCCACCAGUAUGUCGCCAAGAUUUCGUCAUUUUACCAGAUUUCUUUGUCAAAAAGACAGGAAACCAAGCUCACGUAGCUGUUGUCCACAGAGUUACUAAGAUUAUCCGUCUUGUCGACCCAAUGACAGCAACACCAAUCGACAUUGAUGGUCCAACAUACUGGAAGAACCAAUUCGACCCUGUCUGCACAAUCGACUCCGUUACAAAGUUCAAUGUAUUGAACAUUGAACCAUUCGGACCAAGGAACGGACAGUUCCAAUUAGCUGAUGUCGAAUUGGCCGAUGAAAACUACGAAGAACAGAUCAUGGUCAGGACACAUCUCGGCGACCACUUACACAUUGGAGAGCCAUGCCUUGCAUACGAUCUCAGGACACUUGUUCUCCCAGACAAGGUCGAAGAUGUCAUCAAGAAAUACGACAUCUCCAAAGUUAUCAUCGUUGGCAGGACACACGAAAAGAAACACGGCAUCAGAAAGUGGAAGGUCAAAGAACUCGCUCCUCAUAAGUCUUCUGAUGAUGAAGAGUUCGAGAACUUCAUGGAUGAGAUGGAAGAUGACAAGGAACUCAGACAAGAUGUCGAUAUCUACAAGAACCCAGACGCUGAAGGAAAACCAGAAAAUCAACUCUUGGAAACAACAAUCGGACUUUCUGAGAUGAAGAUCGAUGAAACUGGUGAGCAAUAUUCAUUCACACCAGAGUAUUUGAAGCAUUAA